UUACUGGGGUCGGCACAACAUGGCGGCCCCGGACAGGCGAGUUGUCUGGGAGUCGGCGGACAGAGAUAUUAUUAGAAAUGUACAAGUAUUACAUAGAGAUGCUUGCGGCCAUCGACACACGCACACGGGCUGGGAAUGUAGCAGCUGCCAGACGGUCGUGUCCAUCAGAUCAGACAGAGUGAUGUGUCGCCCUGGCUUCGUGCGGCGCAGUAAGUGGGACCAGCCCGCCCCUGCCCUGACUCCUGGCUCCCUGGCCCAGCCGGAGAUGGGCGGCGAGGGCAUGAGCGCCCCCUCUGGGGCCCUCGACGCGGCCGCCGCCGUCGCUGCCAAGAUCAACGCCAUGCUGGUGGCCAAGGGCAAGCUGAAGCCCUCGCAGAUCGGUGCCUCAGGGCCGUCGGACAAGGUGACGGGCGCUGGGAAGGUGCCGACUCCGGCCAAGACGAAAGAUGACCUGGUGGUGGCCGAGGUGGAGAUCAACGAUGUGCCGCUGACCUGCCGCAACCUGCUGACCCGCGGGCAGACCCAGGACGAGAUCAGCAGGGUGAGUGGCGCGGCUGUGUCCACCAGGGGGCGCUACAUGACCUCGGAGGAGAAGGUGAAGGCAGGGCCCGGGGACCGGCCACUCUACCUGCACGUGCAGGGCCAGACCAGAGACCUCGUGGACCGUGAGUACCGUUCUCUCCACCCUGGUUCUUGUCAGGGCGGGCUCCCCUGUGUGCACGAGUGCAAGAUGCACUAUGUCCAGGACAAGCUGUUCGUGGGGCUGGAGCACGCCAUUCCCAGCUUCAAUGUGAAGGAGAAGGUGGAGGGGCCGGGCUGCUCGUACCUGCAGCACAUCCAGAGCGAGACGGGGGCCAAGGUCUUCCUGCGGGGCAAGGGCUCCGGCUGUCUCGAACCCGCGUCCGGGAGGGAGGCGUUUGAGCCCAUGUACAUCUACAUCAACCAUCCCAAACCAGAGGGCCUGGCGGCGGCCAAGAGGCUGUGUGAGAACCUGCUGCAGACGGUUCACGCUGAGUACUCCCGUUUCCUCAGCCAGAUGAGUGCCAUGAUGCCCACCCCAGGGUUCAUCCAGCCGCCUGCCCUGAAUGGGAUGCCCCCUCAGCCACCAUACUACCCUCCCAGUGGGUACCAGCCCAGCUAUAACAUGCCUGUGCCACCCCCACAGUCUGGGAUUCCCCCCUAUGGAGUGCCCAGCUCUCUUCCACCACCUGUACCUCCAGCCUCUACCACGGUGAUGCCCCCCAGCACACAGUACUCUGUCUCCGCAGCCCCGGAGUCGCUGCCCCAGCCUCUCCUGCAGGGCCCCUUUGCCCCUCCAGCUCCGGUCCAGCCGAAACUGAGCCUGCAGGCCGGGGCCCCCAGCGCCAACCCCCCCCAGAAGAGACGCUUCACGGAGGAGGUGCCGGAGGAGAGGGACGGCGGCCUGCUGGGAUACCAGCAUGGACCCAUUCAUAUGACUAAUUUAGGUGCAGGCUACUCUGUGGGCAGCUCUGACGGAUCAGGACCCGCUGCGAGCAGCUCUCCUGGCGUGCAGAGGGAGAGGGACAGGCAGCUGAUGCCCCCGCCAGCCCUGCCAGUGAACGGGUCCCGUCCGGAGAUGGAGGAGAGGAGGGCGGCCGCCGCCUCGCUGGGUGAGUCACCGCCCCCUGUAGCGUCAUUCCCUGCGCCCCCAGACCCCCCCCCGCCUGGCCCCUUGGGCGGCAGAACUCGGCGCAGUGACUGCUGGGUCACCCCUGUCCCUCCCCCUCCUCCUCUCCGGUGCUGCUGGGAGAGCGGGUGGGUGCUGACCCCCCCCCCGGGGGCUGGCCGGCCCGCGAGCCCCAGAGCGUGGCGCAGCCAGGCCGGCGUCGGGACGGAAAGCAGAUGCGUCACGGCUUCGACUCCCCCCAGCUAACGAGCCUCUUCUCUCUUUUGUGUUUUUUCUCUCUCUCUCUCUGUUUUUUGUUCUUUUCCAUGUCUCCGGGGCGCGAUCCCUGCCCUCCCCUGGCGCGGCGGACGGACGGAUGGGCGGGCUGCUAUCAUGGCGCCAUCCCGACACCGCCGGCUUGCGAUGGGACCCAACUUUGCACUCCCCCCCUUCUCCCCCUCUCUCUGUCCCGAACGUGCCUCUCUGGCAACAUCGACACGCGUCACUAACUUGUUUUAUGACAUGGCUGGGAUUCCUGUGGCUGCCGUCCUGUCCUGUCCUGUCCGCCUCUCUCUCUCUCCCUCUCUUUCUCCCCCCCUCUCUCUUGCAGAGCCCCAAGCCAAGCGGGCGAAGACGGCGCCCAAGGGGAGCGGGCUGGUGGCCUACACCGGCGACUCCUCCGACGAAGAGGAGGACCACGCGGCCAGUAAAAACGCAGGUAGCUUUGCCCAGGCGUCCUGGAGCUCGGGGUACCGCGGCGCCCCCCAGAACCCCAGGACUAAGCCCGCGCCUCAGCAGCAGAUGCCCUUCUGGAUGGCUCCCUGACCCUGGGAUCGCUCCGGAUCUGGACUGCAAGAAGCCUUUUCCUUUCCUUGGUUUUGAAUCUGUUGUCGUCCUCCACGCCCCGGCCCUGCUCCCUUUCACACUGCAUGCCCUUACUGUAGCGCUUCUCAGCGCGGGGUGGGAGGGGUGGCUGGGCACGCCCUCACGGCGCCCCCCCCCCCCUCUGGCUGGCGGAGAGCAUUGCGCCAGCGCCCCGCCAGGCGUCCCGGUUCCCCCGAUUAUCCCCCGGAGGCAGGAGGUUUGGAGAAACGCUGUGCGGGAGAGACAUAACAGGUCCGCCUGCUGUAAAGGACUGUGGGAUACAUCUCGAUCCUCCUCAGGUUCGGCUCCCUCCGGCUGCGCGGCCUUGGGCCUGAGCGAUGCUGCUGCUGCAGCCCUGCUGUCCUGGGUUCUCUGCGCGAUGGGGUCUUGACCAGCAGUGUUUGCAUUGUUUAAGGAUCUUUAAUCUGUGUUAUUAACCGAUAUGCAUAUUUUUGUACAUACGUUUAUUCUUGAAUGGUUUUUUAACGUUCUUUCGGAUGUACGGGGUGGAGGGUGGGAGGGCGUGCAUUGUUGCUGGAGCUCAGAUGAGAAGGGAGAUCUGGGGGGGGGGGCUGGCUAUCGGGGUUGGGGUCCCUGUCGUGUGUCACCGUGAGCGAGGAAGAUGAAGUUGGGGGUCCCAGAGAGAGAGUAUGAGAGCCAUGGUGCAGAGACUGCAUUUUGUUCCCCGAAAUAUCAUUAAACAAAAAAUGUUCAACUCUU